AUGAGCGACAAAAAUUAUGUUGGUCCUGUUCCUUUGGUGAGUUGGAUUUUCAUGAGCUUGAGCUGAAAAGUGAUAAGAGAAACCGUCAAAAAAUAUUACAACUCUGAAAAAAACUGUAUGAAAGGUUGGAUGGCGUAAGUCGGUUCAAGUCGGGCGCUAAGAAAGUUUUCGAAAAACUAGACAUCAGUUAGAUCCCUAAAAUAAAGUGCGAAGUUUGAGCUUGAUUUUUACAUAAAAGUCAUCUUGGCCGGGAUGACAGACACAGCCAGAAGUGCGGAAAGCGGGUGCAAAAUGGCCGCUAAAAGGGUUCCGUUUUGCGGCCUUUAUUGAGCCUUUCUUGGUCGGCUAAAAAGCCUCGAAAAAGGGUGAGGAGAGGGUGCAAAAAAGGUGCUGAAAGUCUCGACCAUUUAUGAUCUCCGAUUGUAUUACUGUAGCACAUUUUGGUUCAUACACAGUCAAGAUUAUUCGUAAUUUUUAAAAAUGUUGUAAAAGGGUCCAAAAAGGGUCGAUAAAGGCGGAUGAAAGGACGGAAAAAGGCAGUAAAAAGGAAACCGUUGCCACCCGUCACAAUGAAUAGAAACUUUUUGAUCCAUAACGGACGCUUAAAGGGCGCCUAAAGGGUCCUUCCGACUUUGCCUAUGGGAUGGCGUAGGCCGAAUAAAGUCGGUCACAAAGUCGUGACGGCCCAUUUUCUGUAAAUUUUGAACACUUUUAAAGAAUUCAGUGAAAUAAUUAACAUUUUUUUCAGUCUGCCCUCUACUUCACCGCUUCGUUCUGCUUCUGGUUCAGUUUCCUGCUCAUUUUAUGCUUCCUGAAAGAGAUCAUCGAGAAAAUCUUCAUCAAAAAAGCCGAAGAGGACAAGAGAAAGCCGGCCGACGUGACGGAGAGCAGAAAGAUGGCGGUAUCUAAGUGA